AUGACGGAUCCUGUCGCUUCGCCUGAAGACCCCUGGGUCAAGGUGGAGUAUGCCUACAGUGACAACAGUCUGGAUCCCGCUGGGCUUUUUGUAGAAAGCACCCGAAAGGGGAGUGUAGUGUCCAGAGCUAAUAGCAUCGGUUCUACCAGUGCCUCUUCUGUCCCCAACACAGAUGAUGAAGACAGUGAUUACCACCAGGAGUCCUACAAAGAGUCUUACAAGGACCGGCGACGGCGAGCUCACACUCAGGCAGAGCAGAAGAGGAGAGAUGCCAUUAAGAGAGGUUAUGAUGACCUUCAGACCAUUGUGCCCACCUGCCAGCAGCAGGACUUCUCCAUUGGUUCCCAAAAGCUCAGCAAAGCCAUCGUUCUACAAAAGACCAUUGACUACAUCCAGUUUCUGCACAAGGAGAAGAAAAAGCAGGAGGAGGAGGUGUCCACACUACGCAAGGACGUCACGGCCCUUAAGAUCAUGAAAGUGAACUACGAGCAGAUUGUGAAGGCACACCAGGACAACCCUCAUGAAGGGGAGGACCAGGUGUCUGACCAGGUCAAGUUCAAUGUGUUUCAAGGCAUCAUGGACUCCCUCUUCCAGUCCUUCAAUGCCUCCAUCUCGGUGGCCAGCUUCCAGGAGCUGUCAGCCUGCGUCUUCAGCUGGAUCGAGGAGCACUGUAAGCCUCAGACCCUGCGAGAGAUUGUGAUCGGCGUUCUGCACCAACUGAAAAACCAGCUUUACUGA